UAAUCAUGAAAAAAGUCACGUGGGUUUGCAUGAUGGCGUCCUCCGUGAUUGCUCCGUGAUGUCGCGGUCGGUAAUCUGAAAUGUUGAAUGAUUGGCAAGCGGAUAAUCGAGGCAUUCGGACAUGGCACAUCAUUCGACAUAUGCGAAUUAUGUGAUUGUCGGAUGGAGCAACAAAUGAACCCAAAUGGAGCGGUCAUACUGCAACGUUAUUGGGUUUCCAAAGAUGAACAAGAAGGUGGUCACCGCGUUCUACCUGACGCUAAAUAUAGCCUUCUCGAUUAUUAUUGUGCUCCUGAACAAAUGGCUCUAUAUUCACACCCUCUUUCCGAACGUCACGCUGUCUAUGAUACAUUUCUUAAUGACGUUCGUCGGCUUGAUAAUCUGCGAGAAACUGGAUGUCUUUUGCGUCAAGGAUAUCGACAUCAAGGAAAUGGUGUUGAUUGCCAUGACGUUCUGUGGAUUCGUCGUUCUGACGAACCUGAGCUUAGCCCAUAACACGGUCGGCACUUAUCAGGUGGCGAAAAUGCUGACGACACCCUGCGUGAUAGUGAUGCAAAUAAUAUUUUAUAGGAAGCGUUUUAGCACGCUAGUUAAACUGACACUGAUACCGAUUACGUUAGGAGUCGUCAUCAAUUUUUAUUACGACAUACAAUUCAAUGUCAUUGGAACCAUUUAUGCGGCGCUAGGAGUACUCGUAACAUCUCUAUAUCAAGUUAUGAUAAACAGAAAACAGAAGGAGUUCCAGAUGGAUCCAAUGCAGUUGUUAUAUUAUCAAGCACCGUUAUCCGCUGUUAUGCUGUUGAUUGUUGUUCCAAUUUUGGAGCCAGUUGGACAGACGUUCACGCACAAUUGGUCGCUGUUGGACAUAAUUAUGGUGAUAUUGUCAGGUGUGGUUGCCUUCUUUGUGAAUUUAACUUCCUACUGGAUCAUAGGAAAGACUUCACCUUUAACAUAUAAUAUGGUUGGACAUUCCAAGUUCUGCCUUCUGCUGCUGGGAGGCUCAUUACUUUUUCAUGAAACAUUAGCAAUAAAUCAAGUCAUUGGUAUAACUCUGACAUUAGUAGGAAUUAUAUUAUACGCUCAUGUCAAAAUGAAAGAUAAUCAGACGAUAGUACCGGAAUUUGAAGACAGGGAAACAAAGCCUCUGUAUAAAGUGUGAUUCCAUUUUAAAAAACACAGAAUCAAAGGAAUUGAAAGAAAUAAAUUGCAGUACUUAAUAAUGUAUAAGUUUUGUAAGCCGCUAAUAUCUGCAUUGCAAUAAACGUUUAUUUAUUAUUUCUGAA